UUGCGAUUAUUCAUCGCUCGUGCGAUUUGGUUUCGUCCAAGUGGCGAGCAGCAAUUAAAACGAAAGCCCGGUUGUCAAAUGUAUAAAAAGCUUGACCACCCAGCUAGAACAUUGCAAACCGCCCCAGAGCGUUAUCAGAGCAGCUCCUUAUCGCCAGCUUUUCGUUCCAGAUCCCGCUCCCAAGUCUCCAGUUUAUUCCAGCUGCAGCGCUUUGUUCCCAUCUAAAAAUUCAGUGACUGCCCAUUUGCCGAUCGACCAAGUCGCGUGAGCUGCCAUUAAUCACUCGUUAUGGGUAUCGAAAAAAUUCUACCAUGCACCCUCCGGCUGAACAAGCUGAUGAGCGCGGCGGGCAGCGACUGCCUUUGCAUCAUCGAUCGCAACGCGGUUCCCACCGAGCUGAAGGCUGCUUUCGAGGAGCACCGCAGCUUCGACAAGUCCUUCGACAGCAGCAUAUCCUGCUUCAAGGCUCCCAAUGUUGAGCAGCCGGUGGUCUACGCACCCGUCGCUGAGCUCACCGACUACGAUGAUGUGAGGAGCUACCAGGAGGCGGCCAAGAAGUCCAUGCAGAAGGUGCUCAAGGCUGGUUUCACAACUCCUUUGCUUGUUGUUCCCAAAGUGAAGCGUUUCCCUGAGGCUGAGCUCUGCACCGUUCUUGGAGCUCUCGAACAGCUUUAUGUGCCCAUUCAACUGCGUGAGGCAGGAACCUGCAAGGAUUCCGGCGUGACUACGCUCAGUCUCCAGAUCGACGAUCCCAAGGCCGAUGAGAUCCUCAGGGAAGCCCAAAUCCUCGAGGCUGGUCGCUUUGUGGCGCGUGACAUUGGAGUCGGAGACCCGGAGCGCAUGACGCCCAUCCAGGUGGAGAAGUACAUCAAGCCGCUGUUCGAGAAGCUGAACGUGAAUGUGAUCAGUGAUCCGAAGAUCCUGGAGAAGGAGUACCCAUUGUUUGCUGCCGUCAACCGGGCAGCAGAUGCCGUGGAGCGCCAUCGUGGUCGCAUCAUUUUCCUGGAGUACAAGCCCCCAAAGCCGGCGAGGAAAACCCUGAUGCUGGUGGGCAAGGGCGUGACCUACGACACCGGCGGUGCUGACAUCAAGGCCGGAGGAGUGAUGGCCGGCAUGUCGCGCGACAAGUGCGGAGCAGCAGCUGCCGCAGGAUUCAUGCAGGUGGUCAGCAAGCUCCAGCCGGAGGAUAUCCAUGUGGUGGCUGCUCUCUGCAUGGUCCGCAAUUCGGUGGGCGAGGAGUGCUAUGUGGCUGAUGAAAUCAUCACCUCGCGAGCGGGUCUCCAUGUGAGGAUUGGCAACACCGAUGCCGAGGGCAGGAUGUGCAUGACUGAUGCUCUCUGCCGGAUGAAGGAGAUGGUCGUGGAGCAGAAUCUCCCCGAUCCGCAUAUCUUCACCAUUGCCACUUUGACGGGACACGCUUUCAUCUCGGCUGGGGAAGGUCAGUCGAUUGCCAUCGAUAACAGCGUGGCCCAUCGGGAGGAUCAUGCCAGGAAACUCCAGGCUGCCGGUCAGACCUUCGGCGAGCCCUUCGAGGUUUCCAUUCUCCGUCCCAGCGACUUUGCCUUCAAUGCGGGUAAGGUGAUUGGCGAGGAUCUCGUCCAGGCCAACAAUGCUCCAUCGGUGAAGACACCGCGCGGUCACCAGGUGCCCGCCGCCUUCAUGAUCAUGGCUUCGGGAUUGGACAAGCACGGCUUGGACUCGGAGGUGCCGAUCAAGUAUACUCACAUCGAUAUUGCCGGCAGUGCCGGUGAGCAUCCAUCGAUGCCCACAGCUGCCCCUCUGGUUUCCCUUGUGAAGACCCAUCUGCAGAAGUAGUUCCCCUCGAGCUCAUUGUCAUUCGAUGGAGUUCUGUACUUACCCCAUAUAUGCAUAGCUAACCAACAAUAUUAUCUUUCUGUCCACUUACUGCAUCACUGUUCUCAAUAAAAACUAAAUCAAUAAAGUUA